AUGUGUGCCCUGUUGCUGGCGCCACUCCUGGCUCUGCCUGCGUUUCUCCUGGGGGUUCUGGUGUGGGUCAUCUUGGAGCACUUCCUCACCACCGAUGUCCCCCCUGUUCUGCAGCAUCGACUCAAGUUCAGAUUUCUGCACUGUAUGUUCCUAUAUGUGGUCACGCUGGGAAAUAUAAAUGAGAAGCUGGGAAUUUGCUCCAUGGCCAAAUUUUUCCGUUUUUUUCAAGAUUGCAUGAUCAUAAGGAACGAUCCUAAGCUUGUGGUAACCAACCUGCGUUAUGGGACAGUACCAGUCAGACUGUUCCAGCCCAAGGCAGCCUCCUUCAGACCCCGGCGGGGCGUCAUCUUCUACCAUGGAGGGGGCGGGAUCCUUGGGAGCCUGGAUGCUUACCACAGCCUGUGCAGUUUCCUGGCCCGAGAGACAGACUCGGUGGUGCUGUCAGUUGGGUACCGCAUGUAUCCUGACUACCACUCACCUACCAUGAUACAAGACUGCAUCAAUGCCUGCAUUCACUUCCUGAAGUCUCUGAACACAUAUGGGGUGGAUUCCAAGCGGGUUCUUGUCUGCGGGGAAAGCGUCGGAGGCCUGGCUGUGGCUCUUAUCAGCCAGUUUUUGCUGAAUAGGUCUGAUCUUCCUCGCAUCCGAGCUCAGAUCUUGAUCUAUCCAUUUUUCCAGGCGAUCAAUUUACAGCUGCCCUCCUUUCAGCAGAGCCAAAACAUCCCGUUCCUUACUCGGAAGUUCAUGAUAAGUUGUUUGUGUAAUUGUGCAUCUAUUGACCCCUCCUGGCAGGACGCCAUCGUGAAUGGUUCCUAUAUCCCCCCGAAGAUGUGGAAGAAGUACCAGAAAUGGCUCAGUGCUGACAACAUACCUCAGGAAUUUAAGAAGAACUACCGGUCCCUGGUCCCCAGCCCUUUUAAUGAGGCUGCCUAUUUGGAGGCCCAAAUUCUUUUAGAUGUAAAAUAUUCACCCUUAAUAGCAGAGGAUGAGAUAUUUGCUCAGCUUCCUGAGGCCUUCCUGUUGAGCUGUGAGAACGACAUUCUCCGCGAUGACACCCUACUGUAUAAGAAGAGGCUGGAGGACCAGGGGGUCCCUGUGACAUGGUAUCACAUAGAAGAUGGCUUUCAUGGAUCCAUGAUCUUAUUUGAUAAGAAGCCUUUCUCUUUCCCGUGUUCCCUGAAACUUAUGAAUGCUUUAGUGUGUUAUAUAAAUGGCAUACAAUAG